UCCCGUUUAAAUAAUAUUGAUUAUUUUUCAGUCUCCUUAUAGCAGUUUAACAGAAUGACACAUUGAAUAUUGCUUAUGUCAAAAUACUGUUUUAAUAGUGUGUUUUUAUUAAGAUAAAGUCGUUUUUUGUGUUUUAUGUCAAGUGAUAAGCAUGCUUCAAAAAGAAGUACUAAAACCAAAGAAAAAACUACCAUUCCAAAGGCUUCAACAUCAUCGACCAAUUCAAAAGCAACUAUCAAAGCAAAAGGUGAAAAGCAGGAAAAAAUAUUAACAAAGACAUCAGAAGGCUCAGAUGAAAGGCUGGACAAAAAAUUAUCUUUUUCACAGACAUCUCGUUCAUCAACCGCUCUCAAGCAAAAAACUAAAAACUUAGAAAAUUCUGAAAAGUCUUCAAAGUCCAAGAUAAUUACAUCAACUAGACGAAUCUCCAAUGGUAUAAAUAUUUCAAGUAAUUCCAAAAAACCACUUGUACAAUCUAAACAAAAAGGAUCAACAAUCCCACCGAAAAAAGGCGUAGAAAAAACUCAGUAUUUUCCAAGCAAAUCUUUAUAUUCCAAUGCUCUUAAAUCAAUUAAUGCAUCUUCUAAAGUUCCGGAGAAUAAUAUAAAAUUGUCGGAUGGUGACUUAGUAUCUAGUAAGGAAAAAAAAUCAAUAAGAAAACCGGUAACUACGUCAGUAAAAGUAAGUAAAUCUAUGAAAGAACCAAGUUCAGUCAGAGCAAAGAAAAAAACGGAUAUUACAAGAACACCGUCUAUUGAAUCAUCGAUAUCAGAACAAAGUUUUGCAUGCGACCGACCAAGAACAGCAACACUAAGAAAGGGUAGUAUCGUCAAUGAAAAUAUUGUUGGACCAGAAGCGCCUAAGCCACUUAUUCAAAAUAACAUUCUGGAAAAACCACUUCUCCGAACUGGUAGUUCUCAAAUGACGUUAGAUUCUUCCGAUAAAUCUAAUGAUGAUGACUAUGAUGAUGACUUUGAGUCAUAUGAAUCAGAUUUUGAAGCAGUUAGUUCUAGUGAAGAUACUAACUUAGCAGAAUUAUCCGGCGAUACAGGCUCUACUACAAGUAGUGCGGAAGAUAUUUCAGAUAAACCUAAUACGUCACCUUUAAAUGUAUACUCUGAUAAUAAGAGAUUAUCAUCGGCUGGAACUGACAGCGAGAGAAAACUUGAUUCUGGUACGUUUGAGUUGUCGGAUUUCAAGCACAGACAAAUAUUAAGAUAUAUUGAAGAUACUAUUAAAAAAGAUAAUAUUAUAUUAGAACAAUCAAGUAGUAUUGUAAAAGAAAGUCAUCAUACUUCUUUUUCUGAUGAGGGAUUUGAAGAUCAAAGGUCAUUACAGUUUAUAAACUUUGUUGACGCCAAAAAAAAAUGUGAAAAGAAAAGAUUGAAUGAAGCUAGAAGACAGAGAGGAAAAGAGCUUUUGAGUAUGAUUAAGCUGGAUACAAUAAAUUUUACAGUUUUUGAUUUGCCGUCAAUACCCUAUGAAGUUUAUAUCAGUAAUUAUGGCGAAUAUAAUUCAGUACAGAUAUCCAUCCAGACCGGUGAUGAUGAUCUUUGCGAGGAAUCUCAGACCGAUACUUUAAGCACAAAUUCAGUUUGGACUCAAAUGCCUAAUAAAUUUACUGAUUUUAAUACUGAAACGCAAGGAUUUUGGGAUCUUUAUAAAACUGAAUUACUUGGGGUAGGUUCUAAUAAGUUUGAUAAAGAUUUUAAUCUUAAAUCAAAUAAUAAGCUUGAAAAAGGUCAUUUAGAUAAAUUUAUUAGCCAAAGCGGAGAAUUAAUUCUACAGAUUCUAUCAGAAGAAAACAUUAACCGUAUAGAAAGUAUUGUACAGACUACAAAUAACCUGCCAUUUAGCAAGGGCUUUCUUACAUUUAAUACACACAGUGAUAUAUUCAAAGAUACAAAGGUUAGUAGUAUAUGCAUACAACAGAAAAAUGUGAAAAAGUUUCUUAGUUUACAUGUGCAAAAUAAAGCAACGUCAGAUUUAUUCAAGUCAAUGGUAUGUUUAUGGGCUGUAGAUGAGCCAGAAAUGCCAAGAGCAGUUCUAUUUUCCUAUGGGGAUCUAAACUGUAUUUCAGUAUGUAAUGAAAAUGAAAAGUUAAUUUUAGCUGGGCAAACAGACGGAUCUAUUAACAUAUGGAACUUGGAUGAAAAAAAUACCUUUCAUGAAUCCUCUGAAAGAACACCAAGUUUUAUCACUCCCAUUGGGUCUAGUCACCUUGCAAAUAUUAUAUCAGUUCAAUCUGUUUAUCAGCAAUGGAAUAAAGAUGAAAUUAAAAAUAAUUAUGAGAUUUGCAGUUUGGAUGAAACUGGAACAAUCUUUCUUUGGAGCCUGUAUAUCGAUACAAACUCGACCAAUUUCAAUAAAAACUUGUCCCUUAUUAACACACGUGUUAUACAGCUUCAAGGUAUCUAUCCACAUUUGCCUGACCUUGCAUGCUCUGACUGCAUUAUUAUGAAUGACCACGUGUAUUUAUCAACCAAUUAUGGAAUUAUUUUACAUUAUAAUAUUCAAAGCAGCCAGCCUGUUAUCAAACAGUAUAAUCCAGAACUGCCGAAUAUUGAAACUACAACUUUAGAAGGGUGCCCCUUUUAUCCCUCAUAUUUUCUAGCAGGGCACUCUAAUGGAGAUAUCACUCUCUUUUCAAGAAAUACAGAAAAACCACUUUUAGUUUUACAAAAUAAAGAAGAGAAUGUUUCUUCGAGUGUACAAACUAUAAGAUGGUCCAAAACAAAACCUUUUGUAUUUUAUGCAAAAGAUUCUAAAAACAACUUGCAUAUUUGGGACUUAGGUAAAAGCGAUAUGUAUCCGGAAUAUACCAUACGAUUUCCUGAAAAAAUAACUUGCAUGACGCUGUCACCUAUUUUAAAUAUGAAAGUUGAAGAGUCUCCAUUUAUGCUGAUUGGAACUAAAGAGGGAAAAAUCUACCUUCAUCUACUUAAUGAAGAGUAUUGUCAGAAAUCUUCGGAACAAUAUCAAGAACACAUUCAAAUAUUUUUGGAUUAUGUUAGCCGUUUAUAGUAUAUAAAUUAGAUUUUUAGACUUUUGUACAAAAUAAUAAAUACUGGUUAAUAGUUUCAA